AAAAAAAAAAAAGUAACCCAAGCUGAUGACACAAACUCCUCACCCUUUUUGAUUUCUCUGCUCGCUGUCUCUCCGUCUCCCGCUAACUCCUCUUCUCCAUAUAUAUACUAGUUUUCUUUUGUUCUCUUUUCCAUAUCUCAAUUAACUGUUCUUCCAAACCCAGAAUCCAGGUUUUCUAUGAUUCUAUCGAAUUUUGAUGAAAUAAAAAGUAAAAUACCCUUUGUAUCAGCUGGGUAAUUCAAGAAUCUAUCAAAGUAAUAUACCUUAGACACUGACUUUUUUUGCUUAUCUGAACCACAUUCUACUUUUUCCAAAACGUUCAUCAUUAAACCACUCUUCUAGUUUGGAUCUCUUCUUUGAUUCAAGGUUUGAGUUUUCUCUUUGCCUUUUCUUUGUUGUUGAAUUCACUUCCAAUCUACAGUCUCUACCCUUGCAUUUACUAGCGAAUUGGUUGUGCCAUUAAUGAGAAAUUAAUGGGUUUGAGAUUGGGAGGGAAGAUGACAGAGGGACUUGUUUGAUUACUUGGGUUAGAAGAAAGAGAAACCUUGAAGGCCUCCGGGGACAGCCUCCUAUUGGAUUAUGAGUUUAAUGUGAGAAUAUUCAUUUCUCCUGUUGCCAGUGGUGUGAAGAAUGAGGCAGAGGCAAAGUGCAGCUAAAUCGCCGUCCUCUGAAGUCAAAUCUCAGAGUACCAAUCUCUCCAAACGAGAAGGAUUAAGCAAUGAAAACAUAUUUCAGAAAUCUAACACCUUCUUGUCUCCAAAGAACAUUUUUGCAUUCUGUCUCGCAUUUCGAUUGACAAAUUCUCUGCUGAUACAAACGUAUUUUAAUCCAGAUGAGCACUGGCAAGCCCUCGAAGUUGCUCAUCACAUUGUAUUCGGGUAUGGUCACUUGACUUGGGAGUGGAAAAAGGGGAUACGCGGUUAUUUGCAUCCACUGGUGUUUGCUUUGCUGUUCAAAGUUCUUGCAUUGUUAGGUCUUGAUACUCCAUGGUUCAUGACCAAGGCUCCACGGCUGCUGCAAGCCCUGUUCUCUGCAGUUGGUGAUUUAUACUUGUACAAAUUUUCAUGUGCUCUCUUCAAUCAUUCUGUAGCAAACUGGGCACUGUUCUCUCAAUUGACAAACUGGUUCAUGUUUUAUUGCUUCAACCGUACAUUGUCCAAUAGCUUGGAAACUGUUCUUACAAUUGUGGGUUUAUACUGCUGGCCCUGUAUGAGAGAAGCUCCUAAUAAAGUGCCAUUGGUUUCAAGGAAGAGGGGUUUGAUCAUAGCAGCAUUAGCUUGUGCAAUUCGACCAACUAGUGCUGUUAUCUGGGUCUAUGUUGGCCUUCUCGAGCUGUUUGUCACACGUGAUAGAUUGAAAUUCAUUAUUCUGGAGGUGUUUCCCAUUGGGGCUUUGGUGCUUGGUGUUUCAUGUUUUUUGGAUCGUGUGAUGUAUGGCUCAUGGGUCAUAGUACCACUUAAUUUUCUGAAGUUCAAUUUUCUUUCUUCUGGAGGAGAUUAUUAUGGAACUCACAAGUGGCACUGGUACUUCUCUCAGGGAUUUUCUGCAAUGCUCUUCACUUUCUUACCAUUUGCAAUAGCUGGCAGCAUCAAGUCUAAAUGUUGGAAACUUUCUGGUCUUAUUGCAUGGGUUUUAAUUGUUUACAGCAUAUUGGGUCACAAAGAAUUCAGGUUUGUGUUGCCUGUGCUGCCAGUAGCUUUGAUAUUCUCUGGAUAUGCAUUAUCUGUGAUGGCAAGACCUGAUUCUCCUAAUGGUGAUAGGAAAGGUUCUUCAAAGAGUCAUAAUAAAUGUCUGUCGAAAGUGGGAUUUGCUGUCAUCUUCUUGUUAUGUACAAAUAUUCCAAUGGCCUUGUACAUGAGUUUGGUUCAUCAGAGGGGAACCGAAGAUGUACUGAUCUAUCUAUCUAAAGAAGCCCACAAUGAAAGAGUGAAAAGUAUACUAUUCCUAAUGCCUUGCCAUGCCACGCCUUACUACUCCACUCUCCAUCACAAUAUACCAAUGCGUUUUCUAGACUGCUCACCAAGUGAAGAGAAAGGAAACCCAGAUGAGUCAGACCGUUUCAUGAUGGAUCCUGUUGGUUUCACAUCAGAAUUGGCGAAAAACUUGUCUUUGCCAAGUCAUGUUGUAUUAUUUGAAUCAGAGGAGAGACACUUGAAGGAUUUUCUGAUUUCACAUUCUUUCAAAGAGAUAAGAAGGUUUUUCCAUGCUCAUUUCAAGGUGGACCGUGAUCUUCAGGCAUCAGUUGUUGUAUAUGCUUUAGCUGAUUAAGUACAAUUGUUUUCCCCGACCACUCUUUACACUAAUCGACUCUGCUCUCCAAGAAUUAUGUUCCCUUUUUUCCCCAAUAGACCAAAUUAUUGAACGAGGUAUUGGUGUUAACAACUUAAUACCUGAAACAGCUGAAGUCCGUGGCAUGGUACUUCAUCAGGGAAUUUUGCAGUUGGCUCACCGUUUGGUAGUAAGAUGAUUAAUUGUUUGUUAUUAUUUUUUUCUUUAUCUUAAAUUUCUUAUUGUAAUAUUGUCAUUUUGUGUUUUUAAAUAUUAUCAUCUCUACCUACGAGUGGGGGCUCAGUUGGCAACACAGGCUGGGAAUAUGAGAAGAUCUCUCAUCUCCACUAAACUCACCUAUAGGGAGGGGCAAAAAAUUUUAACUGUGACUAAACUCCGAACCGGAUUAGACAGUUCUUAGUAAUAUGGUCGGAUACCGGUGGUUUAUACCAAAAAAAAAAAAAAAUCUUUGGUUAGGGUUUAGAAGUUGAGUUUAAUGAUAGAUAAUAGAUGAAUGGAUAUGGAUUCUUUCCUCUCUGUUUGGCUAGAAUUUGAGUUUAAUGAUAGAUGAAGAAUGGAUAUGAAUGCUUUUCUUUCU